AUGGCCCAAACUUAUUACCUGGAUUCACCUGAUAUCGCCAUGUUCAAAAAUCCCCUACACCAUUACUCUCAGCGAGAUUGUCCCAGUCCGAUCACUUCGUCUGCCCCGUCCUCGGUUCCUCCCUCACCUCACUUCGCACCGACAACCGAGGAGCAGCUACCUCCUACUCCAGCAACUCUUAGCAGUUUGUCUCUCUCCGCGAGCAACGAUAGCGACGACGAGAUCAUACUACCUUCAUAUGAUUCGAGCCACUUCAACGACUUGGACGAGCCUGUAUCAAUUGUUGCCUCGGAUCAGGCAUCGGAGUCAUUUCUCACGGACCCCCCUUGUUUGCAUGUACAUACACCGGCCGCUGAUGAUACUUCGGUUGAAGAGGAGCCGACCAGGCAUGUCGAUUAUCUCUCCCAUGAGUGGAAAGAGGAAGAUAUUUGGGCUUCUUGGAAAUAUGUCGUUUGCCGCAGAGACGUUUACAGCAAUGGCGCGAGAUUAGAGAAUGCCUCUUGGCGGACUUGGGCGAAACUGAAGAAUAACUUGGGAACGGUGUCGCCCGAGACCCUCAAUUGGUCAUUGUGUCUAUGUAUUCUAACAUGUUUCACCAGGUUGAAAGAUUGCGAUGUAACAUGGCUGUAUGGUCCGUUGAAGUCCUGCACCAAGUUUACAAAAGCGUCGCCGAGUAUCUCCCCGCCGCCGAGCUGCCUCGAAACCCCCUCGUUGUAUGCGGACAGGAAGCCGAUCUUGAAGAAAAGGACGGUGUCGGAGACUAUCUUGCAACGAUCGCUGUCUCAGCACACCCUCCUGCAACACGCAGGCGCUAUCCUAAAGGCGCAAGAGGCUGCUUCUUAUCGGACUCGGCCUUCUGUCUCAAGACCCGAACUUGAACCUCGUCUGAAUACGUCGUCAGCCAACCUUCCAGAUGUUCCGCUCAGUUAUGCCUCUACCAAAGAGUCGUCUGGGGUGGCCUCUCCUAGCGGGAGGCGCCGUAUUCAUUUCAAUAAUGAGGUAGUGCAAUGCAUAGCUAUCGACGCCAAGGGUGCCGAUGGUGACGACGACGACGACGACGAGGAGGAGGAGGAGGAGGAGCAGGAGUGGCCGGUAGGUUCACAAGACGAUGUUUUGUCGGACGAGGGUAUCGUCAUGAUGGGACAGCUCCCGCCACAAGAGUCUGGGAGCCAUAAAAGUACGCCGCAACAAAAUAAUCGCUCCGCUCCCCCAACAACCCUCAAGUGUCGAGGAGACACGCCAGAACCGCCAUCAGGCUCGAUGAUAGGGCGAUGGACAGGAUACUUUUCGAAAUCGACUGUCGCGUCUACAUCUUCCGUACCGUCUGAUCCGGCGUUCAGUUUCUUUUUGGACGGCGAAGAUGACCAACUGGAUUUCUGCUGGCAGCCGAGCCAGAGCCAAGGCGUCACAGACGGGAAUCAGCCUUGGUUUGUGAAUCCUGAAGAUGAAGAAGAAGAUCACCGACACCAGCGUUCGAACUCCAGUUUGAGUAAAUUUCUGGAUGAAGAAGAGACCUCGAAUGUCAGCAUAUUUGAUAAGGUUGUUGAUACUGUUAACACAGCCAGAGACAUUGCCCAUGUGAUAUGGAACGUUGGAUGGCGAAGGUGACAUUCUAGCAUGGGCAUACUGGAGCAUGCCUUGAGCCCAUUCAGCUGCAUGGGCAUCGUCAGAUACUGACCCGAAUUACUUAUACCCAGCAUAUAUGUCAAUAGAGCUUUGCAUUCUUUGUGGCGUUCGGAGGCAUUUUUCCAUACUUCUGGUUGGUUUCAUCAUUUAUUAUAUACCUGGAUGUUUUGCUUUGAAUAUCGAAAGACUGCGGUGUGAGAGGGCUUCUGGUGGCUCUUUGUGUCUACGUUAACUCACGACGAAUACGAACAUGAUAACGAUAGUAU